GCGGAGUCCGGUGCUAAGAGGGAUAUAUUGUGUUGGGUACAUUAUAACGAGCCGGGUACAAGUCUGUCUUUUUUGAUUUUUGGAGCUUAACGGGUUUGCUCUCAGCGUUGUACCUAGGGUCGCUGAAAAAAGGAAACAGAACAUUACGGAAAGGGGAACAAGAAAAAACGCCAAAAUGCCCGCUGCUACUAAAGAAGGUGACGGUGGUUGGAAGAAGUUUCUGUGGAAUUCGGAAAAAAGAGAAUUUCUUGGGCGUACCGGGGGCAGUUGGGCGAAAAUCUUAUUGUUCUAUGUGAUCUUCUAUGGCUGCUUGGCUGGGAUAUUCAUUGGCACCAUCCAGGCCCUGCUUCUUACCAUAAAUGACUAUAAACCCACUCACCAGGACCGAGUUGCCCCCCCAGGUUUAACACACACUCCACGUUCUGAGAAAACGGAGCUGUCUUUCACUCUUGGUGAAUCGUCGUCUUUCAAGAAGCAUGUCAAGGCUAUGCAUGACUUCCUGGAAGCAUAUAAUGACACGCAACAGUUGGACCAGAUGAAGUAUGAAGACUGUGGAGAUGUUCCUGCGACCUACAAAAUGCGGGGGGCUCUGGACGACAGCCAGGGUUCCAAGAAGGCCUGUGUUUUCCGGAGAAGUUGGUUGGACAAGUGCUCUGGCCUGGAAGACCCAGACUUUGGGUUUAGUGAUGGGAGACCCUGCUUGAUUGUCAAGCUCAACAGGAUUGUCAAUUUCCUUCCAAAGCCACCGGCCAAUGUCACUAUCGGAGGUGUGUUCGUCCCUGAUGUGGUCCCGAUUAACUGCUCUGCCAAGAGACCUGAGGAUGCUGAUAAGAUGCAGGAAAUCAAAUACUAUGGCCUGACAGUAGGAUUCCCUCUGCAGUACUACCCCUAUUAUGGCAAGCAGCUGCAUCCCCAGUAUCUCCAGCCCCUGGUGGCUGUCCAGUUUGGCAACAUAACAGUGAACACUGAACUGCGUAUUGAAUGCAAAGUCUAUGGACUGAAUAUCAACUACAGCGACAAGGACCGCUUCCAGGGACGCUUUGAUGUUAAACUCACCAUCAAAACAAAGUCAUGACCUCAGCCUUCAAUUCUAGCACUUUCUCUGCCACCCCUGCCUACCCCUGCCUACCCCUCCCAUUUCAAAAGUAAUGAAAAUAAUUUAGACAGAGAGAAAUUAAGUAUAGCGUGCACAGCUAGUCCUGAACAAAUUGUCAUAACAUAUGGGACCUACACUUAAUCUGUAUGCUUCUCCACUAGCUUUUCUGCAUAUAUCUAGGGUUAGAAUGUAAAUGACAGAGUAGCAAUAGCAUAAUGUAUUUAUUCUACUGUAAAUGAGAAUACUCCUUGAGCCAUGGGACAUCUACAUACAUUACUGUAAGUUAUAAUUCCACUACUGACAUGUAGCAAGCAGUGUUUCUGUCCCCUAAGUAUUGCUGCCUUGUGUGGUUUAUAUAUAUUUUUGGAGUGUACAGUACAGUAGUCGCAUAAUAUGGUCCUAUCUAAGCCAUGUUGUAAUUUUGUUUUCUUAUGUGAGCAAGCUUUAGCGGUCCAAGGUGUAUAUAUGUAUUCUUUAUUCUUACUAACUGAAAAUACUGGCAUGGUACCUCUUUCCUGUUCCUCCCCUGGCCCCACCUCCAACCCAAUCCCCACCUCUUCCCAGGCUGUGUGAGAGAACGGCUGCACUCCGUGGAAUCCAUUAGCUUUUCUGUGUUUCUUUUUAAGUCUAUGAUUGUGGGGAGAAUCAAUUUUUACAUCACCUUUUUAUUUUAUUAUUUUUUUUUUUAUCGCUUUUAAAUGUGAGAUAUGGGGUUUGUUACUUGUUUUUGUUUUUCUGUUUUUCCCUUUUGCUUUAGAGUAAUGUAGAAUUUUGUGUUUUCAGCCUGGAAAACUGUUAACCUUCCACGGUUAGCAGCAUAAACUCAGUGCUUUUUAAAUACAAUUGUUUUGCUGGAGACAUCACGCAAUGUGGUGUAACUUUCUAAUGAAUGUUUUAGCCAUUUUCAUGGUGGAAGAAUUUUAUAUUUAUGCAGUUGUACAUUUUCUUUGUCUGCAGGAAAAAGUGUAAUGUAUAAAUACAAUACCAAAGUCACUGGUUAAGUUAAGUAGAAUCCUAUCAAAAGCAAUUCAGUACCCCAUGUAAUAGGAUAUUUUGUUGGUGUUGAAAGUGCAAAAGUCAAUGUUGAACAUCCGUAAAUUUAUCAGGAGUCCGUCUACUAGUCAUCUUCUUAAUCCGGGUGAGACUUAAACAAAAAUAAAAUGAAUAAAAUACCCAA